AGAUUAGGCGUGUAGCUGGUCAGUCAACAGUUGACAAGAGAGAGAGAGUGAGUAAAUCGACUCCGCUCCAGCAGCAGGCUUUUGGAAGAUUUGCAGUUGACCAGAUUUGCUCGUUGCUGGAUCACUUUUGUUAUCCAGCACCGCCAUGGAGUCUCUGGAACAGCUGCCCAAGAGUGAAACUAUCGAGCUUCGAAAAAAACACAUUGGGGAAUCCUGUUCGUUAUUCUACAAACAAGAACCGUUGAAAAUUGUUCGAGCGAAGGGUCAAUACAUGUAUGAUGAGAAUGGAGAAAAAUAUCUGGACUGCAUAAAUAACGUUGCACAUAUCGGUCACUGUCAUCCCGAAAUGGUGAGAGCAGCAAGUGAACAGAUCGCUCUAUUGAACACAAACAGCCGAUUUCUGCACGAUAAUUUGGUGAUUUGUGCCAAAAAACUGUCCAAGAUGUUCCCAGAUCCACUGUCGGUUUGCUUCUUCGUGAACUCCGGAUCUGAGGCCAACGAUCUAGCGCUGCGAUUGGCUAGAACGCACACGAAGCACCAGGACGUCGUCACACUGGACCACGCGUACCACGGCCACCUGACCUCUCUGAUCAGCAUUUCACCCUACAAGUUCAACAGUGGCAAAGGGCUGCCGAAGCCAGAUUGGGUGCACGUGGCACCCUGUCCGGACACAUAUAGAGGAAAAUUCAGAGAUUCUGAUUAUCCAGGAAGCGAUCUUGGGAAAAAAUAUGCUGAAGAGGUGAAAUUAUUGAUAAAAAGCGCGAGAGAUAAGGACAGAAAUAUUUCGGCAUUUAUUGCUGAGAGCCUGAUCAGCUGUGGAGGACAAAUAAUACCUCCAGCAAACUACCUCAGGAAUGUAUACAAAUAUGUGAGAGAGGCUGGAGGAGUUUGCAUAGCAGAUGAGGUGCAGUGUGGCUUCGGUAGAGUGGGCAAGCAUUGGUGGGCUUUUCAGUUGCAAGGUGAUGACGUCAUUCCUGACAUCGUCACAGUCGGUAAACCAAUGGGAAACGGACAUCCUGUUGCAGCAGUGAUUACAACACCAGCCAUAGCCAAAAGCUUCAAAGAGACUGGAAUCGAAUAUUUCAAUACAUACGGAGGAAAUCCUGUUUCGUGUGCAAUUGCCAAUGCAGUUAUAUCGGUGAUCGAGAACGAACGUCUCAGAGAGAACGCAACAAGGGUUGGCAAUUAUAUUCUGAAUUCGGUGCAGAAACUCAGAAGCAAGCAUGCUUUGAUUGGCGAUGUGCGCGGAGUGGGUCUCUUUGUCGGCAUCGAAUUGGUCCACGACAGAGAUGGAAAGCGCAAGCCAGCAGUAAGAGAAGCCAGUUUAGUAUUAAAACGGAUGAAAGAAGAACAAAUCCUACUCAGUAGUGAUGGACCUGACGCUAAUGUGAUCAAGCUGAAGCCUCCUAUGGUAUUUACAACGGAAAAUGCCGACCAUUUCGUAAGAGUAUUCGAUGACGUCAUGACAGAAAUUGGCAAUGGACUAUUGGCCAAUGACAGGACGUAUUCACCUGAGAGACGGAAAAUCAGUGAAGAGGAAGGUGGGAAUCACCUCCAACACAAGAGAACCAGAACUGAUAAAAUUGAUCCAUCGAAAAAUGAGGAUAAGAUAAUCAUAAAGACUUGAGUAGCUGAAUCUACUCCAUUCUACUUCCACAAAUUAACCUGAUGAAUAACAUAAUAGGACCUACUGGAAAUAACUGCUUUUCAUAUACCCAUAUUAGGUAUGCUUUUCACCUUUGCAGGUAUAAGAAGCAUUGCUAUACAUAAAAGGAUAGUUAUGUAUAGUAAUUUUAUUUUUGUACAUAUUUGAUUUUUCGUUACAUAUUUUUAAUAUUAAUAGGAAAACAUUAUAAGUAUUUUUUUGUUUAUUAUAUUUACUUUAUUUGAUUCUGUUUUAUUUUUUUAUUGCCAUGAUGAGAGGCCUAGUGCAUCUGUGUAGAAUUUUUCAAUAGUGUUACUGUACUCCUUAUAGGUCUGUACAUAACUGUUUGAUAAUAUACUUCAAUUGUCUGUUGAAAUAAUCUGAAGGCCUAGAGAAUUUGAGAACAAUAAUUUAUGCUUUGUUAAUAAACUAUUUAAGAAAUCUAA